AAAGAAGACGUAUGGCUGAGCAGAAGAGGAAGGAAGUGUUUUCAAGCUGCAUCGCCGACAUUGUCUACGAGCGAGUACUACUCAUGGGCCCUGGUCGCGGUGGAAAAACUGGAGUGUUGAGGUCGCUGCAAGACAAGAAGUUCACGAAGACCGUCAGUACACUUGGCAUAGACAUGGAAAAGCUUACCUUCACCCUGAAUAAGAGCGAAAGAGGAGUGUACCAAUUGGAGCCAACGAAUGCAUCGAAUCACCUAGCCCUGCUGUCUGCCUCAAUCGUCGACAAAAUCAUCGGUACUGGAGCUGACUCUCGGCAAAGUGAUGUCCGUGGUACAAACGCCUUUCAGCGUCUGGCAGCUGGAGCAGCUGGUGCAGCUGGUGCAGUUUGGGGCACGUUUUUCAAGCGUCUGAAUGAGACUUCUGGUUUGGGUGAGAACACACUGUUUGUUGACGUGUGGGAUUUGGCAGGGCAGAUGCCAUUCCACGCGUUACACGACCUUGUGUUUUCACCCGAACGCACCACCUACUGCGUCGUCUUUGAUGCCAGCAUCAAACCUGAUACACGGUAUGCAGAUAUCCUGACUGAUGAAGAUGGCGAGGACAAUCAGCUCAACAUCAACCAACCCACCUGUACCUACUUUGAUGUCAUCGAUUCAUGGCUAUGUACAGCCCGCGAAGCACUUACCGACAACUCCACAACGCCGAUUUUCCUCAUUGGCACACACCUGGAUCGUAUGUCGAAAGAAGAUGUUCGCAAACGAAGGAAACAACUGCAACAACUGAUGCUCGGCAAGAAGUAUACUGACAGCCUUCAUCCGAUCAUCUUUGUUAACAACACUCUGUCUGGGUCAAGAGUUGACCAAGGAGUUGCAGAGUUGCGUGAACAGUUGGCCUGCGUCAUUCAAUCCCGUCGCAGAGAGAAGUUGCCAAUCUCGUGGCUGCCAUUCCCAGAGGUAUUGGAGGCGAUUGCACAGAAGACGUCAUCAUUCAUCAUGAGCUACGACAGGGUAUGCAGCAUCGCUCAGGAUGCAUUUGGUGAUACUGAUGUGGAUGUGCCUCGUCUCUUGAGCUUGAACCAGUCGCUUGGCUAUCUCAUUGUCUUUGAUGAUGAGGGUAGCCACUUUCCAUCGGCUACAGCUAGUAUGCCACCUGUUGGAGCAACACAAGCAUCAUCAGCAUCCACACCACGAGCAGCACCACUACAAUCACCAGCAGCAGCAGCAACAGCAGCAGCAGCAGCGCCCAUGUCACAAUCUCAGCCACAAGCCAUGGCAGAAGGAGUAGCAGCCGCAGCUUUUGGCCAAAGAAAAAUGGUUCUAGCUAGCACCCCAUGGUUGAUGUCAGCAUCCAAGGCUGUCCUUUUGCCAGCACCUUUGUUGUAUAAGCAAGCUGCCGAGUUCAAGGAGCAUUACAAGCUGCUGAAGGAUGGCAUCCUGUGUGAGUCGCUAGCCAUUCACAGAUGGAAGCAGGAGAAGGCCACGGAAGGUCUGGUGCGAUCUCAGGAGCAACGCCGGAGUCUCUUUUCACUGCUAGCGUCUCAUGGCGUAGUCUACGAUGCUGGCGAAGAUGAUCCAUUUUGUACAGGGUACAAAGUCUACUAUGUGCCAGCCCUUGCCCAGUGUAAGCCGUCACAAGCGCUAGAGUCCAAAUCAGCGCCGCUCUACUUGGUUGACGAAGAUCCAGACAGGAGCAUCACUCAAGCGCAUUUUGGCCGAAUCACGGUGCGAUGCUUGCAAAAGUACCAACCACACCGGACGAAGGAUUUGCGCAUGGGCCUCAACGUCUCUAUGAGGUGCCAGAAUGAGUUUCAGCUUCAGCUCUCCUAUUCUCCCACAGCCAUUUGCAUCACAGUGGACAGCGACAAGAGCGAGAAGACAAUAGAUCACUGCGAGUCUGUUGUUCGCUUCAUUCUCAGUGCCACCACAGAGCUACAGCAGCUGUAUGGCCAGCGCCUGCUGCGUCUCCAUCCCAGCAUUGCGUGUCUGUGCCGCGAUGACCGGCCAUGCCAGCUUCAUGACCAGCAGCACUGCAGGAGGACCGGAUGCCAGCACUUUGCAGAGAUUGGCAAAGACGUCCGACCAAUUCGCUGUGGCCUAAGGCAAGCGCAUACCGACCGGCCAACGUGGGAUAGAUGGAUCAAGCCGUUCUACCCGGAGUGCAAUGUUGAUGACUUGUGUCGCUUAGUUGUUGACGGCGCUGCUGGAAUGAAUGACGACGACAAUCCUUGGUGUGAUAUUCGCUACAAGAGGCACCAUCAGUGGUUUGUCGAGAGACUUCCACCACGGGAAACUCGCCUUGCGGCGGUCUCGAACGGGCUGAUUAUGGAGGGUUUUCAACGCUGCCUGAUGGAUCGCAGUCUUCGCACUGAUCACAACGAAGAAUUUCUCAGAGAGGUCUCUGGCGGUGGUCGUGGGACAUUCAAGCUGUUCCUCGAGGUCCUUGUUGACCUUGGCUACAACUUUGUGAAGGUGCGGGCGGAGCUGCAAGCGCUAGUGUCGUCUGAUACUGACAGCACUGCUGCCAUGACCAGUGCAGUGAGUGCUAGUGGAGUGUCUCAUCCGCAGGUGCCCGCGCUUCAGUUCAUACCAGGAGCAACGGUAACAGAGUCUGGGAGAAUGUUGGAGGAAAUCUCUCACUCGGACCAAGAGAGUCUCUACCGCCGACUGAACGCAAUGUUCAGCCAGGAAGAGCGAGGUGCAGUGAGUGCUAGUGGAGUGUCUCAUCCGCAGGUGCCCGCGCUUCAGUUCAUGCCAGGAGCAACGGUAACAGAGUCUGGGAGAAUGUUGGAGGAAAUCUGUGACCAAGAGAGUCUCUACCGCCGACUGAACGCAAUGUUCAGCCAGGAAGAGCGAGAUGAGCUGGCCUGUGCUGUUGUGGAGGAAGUGACUGGAGACUGGGAGAACGCUGAGCAGGUCAUCAAAGACUCAUGCCGCAGACGUCGUCAGCAAGCGCCUGAUCAUCGUGAUGCGAAGGCCAUCCUCAGCUACUGGAUGCGUAAGCGUAACAGUCCACCGUGCACAGAUCACAUGAUCAAGCUGGUGCGUGAUGUUUGUCCCUCGCGUGUCUGUGACAUCAAGAUGCUGCUGAGUUCGACUGAGCCAUCCAACUGAACCAGUGACAUGUUUACGCCACUCCAUCACCAUGGAUACCAGCAUGAAGAUGGCUACCAGCAUCACCAUGGAUCACCAUGGAUAUAAGUAACACGAGUACAUGUGAUCAUUGUAUAUACCCUACCCUGGAACAACAGUAGCCGUAGCUUUAGUUCUGCUUAACGUGCUACACUGUAUGUCAUGUCAUAGCCACCCUCCGAGUUUCUGUGCUUUCCCUCUCCUCCAACCGUUGUUGAUUCUGACCUGCUUUUCUCAGCAAGUGCAGUGCAAUGUGCUGCAAGCUGGCAUUCUUGUUUUCCAUGGCCGUUGCUUGUUUUUUUUAAAUGUUCCUCUCAGUGCAUGUAGACGGUUUGUGUGUGUGUGUGUGUGUGUGUGUGUGUGUGUGUGUGUGUGUGUGUGUGUGUGUGUGUGUGUGUGUGUGUGUGUGUGUGUGUGUG